AUGGAAGAUGCUGAUACCUUGGAAGCGUUCAAGGCUGAGGAGGAUGAGGGUCCAUCAGCCAAGACGAAAGGAAAAGACCUUCAGAAGUCCAAUGAGAAGAGCAUCCUGAUGUGGCCUUUCUCGAAAUUCAAAACUGUCGUCGAGCGGGCCCAUGGCGUUGCCAGUGCGGCGGUGGUGGACUUUGUCGCGAAGAAUUUGGCAGGAACGAAACUGAUACUGGUCGUUGGCGAGUCCGGUGUUGGCAAGUCAUCGCUGCUGAAAGAAAUCACCGGAGCGAACCUGGUUAUCGGUGACACACUUGGCUCAGGAACAAUCACCCACGAGAUCUGUGUGGCAACAAUAGAGGACGAGAACUACAUCUUCGUCGACACCCCUGGGUUUGGGGCUGGAGAUCUCAGCUAUUCGACUGUUCUGGAGGACAUUCUAGGAUGUCUCUUUGGGCUUGGUACCUUUGUGACAUUUGCUGGUGUCAUCUACGUUCACGACAGUAAAAGGGACAGAGUUUACGAGUCGGAGAUCAAGACUCUUCGCUGGCUACAGUGCUUUUGCGGUCCUCGCUUCUUUGAUCGCAUUACCAUUCUAACCACGAAGUGGGACCAAUUCCACCCCAGGGCCAUAAGGAAGGAACUCAAGCGAUUCAAUGACAAUUUUGUCGAGUUCAUCCCCCUUCUCGAUCAUCCUCCAGAGCCGUACCGGGGUUGUCACUUUUAUCACCACGGCAUACCCGGAGGGGGAGCCCUGAAUGAGUCUGAUGAUACGCUGAGUGUUGAUGAUGAGGAUGACAAGGCCCGAAGGUGCGAAGAAGCGAAAAAACUCAUCCACAGUCGCUACAGUGGCAACAUGCCACCCGUCGAGAUGCAAUUCGAGAUGGAGCGCAACGCUGGCGUUCCGGUGGAGAAUAUGGCUUCGGUGCUAGCGCUCACUGCUCCGGCCACAGACGGAACGCUCGAGAUUGUUGACGGCCGUGUUCAAGUUGUUUUCCAGCGUCAGGAGACGCCUCUUCAGCCCAGGGAGCCUACAGAAACGGAAGAGAAGAAGCCUGAAGCCUCGUUUUUGGAAGACCUUUUCGGUGUCAUCCACGAUGCUCGCAAUGGGUCGGCUAAUUGGGAAUUUUGGUUCAACGUCGCCAAAGCCGCGGCGGUUAAAUUUGAAUUCGGCAAAACCAUGGUGCAAGCCUGGGACAGAGUCACAAGCUGGUGGGAAGGGAGUUUCUCUUGGUGA